AAAGAUUCUCGUAACUUACGACAGGAACUCUUCAGAAGGAAAGGCAAAUAAACUAUCCUAGUAACGAAAGCUGCGCAUGCGUAUUAGCUACUUUCAAUAUAUUGCGAGUCGUCUGCAAAUCAUUUUGGUGAUAUUUGUAUAAAAAGAAACAACCAAAACAAAGUAACGUUAGGCCUAAUGGAUAAAAUUAAAAUACGAAAACCUAACUGGAGUGAGAUUGAGCUGGAGGUGCUAAUAGAGGCUUACUGUAGAAAUUUUAAGGUUAUUCGGGGCAAAUUCUCGCCUUCUAUAACAUCGGAUACAAAGAAAAGGGCUUGGGAAGAGAUAACAGAAAGAGUGAAUGCUGUAGCAGUAUCAUGCAACAGAUCACUAGAUGAAACAAAAAAGAAAAUACAGGAUAGUUUGUCCAGUGUGAAAAAGAAGGAGGCUUUCCGGAAGAGAGAAGCAUCAAAAACAGGUGGUGGACCCUGUACAGAAAUAAUUUUUAAGCCAUGGGAGGUGUCUCUUCUUGGUACUAUUCCAACAGAGAUGAUACAUGGAUUAGAAGGGGCAGUGGAUACUAAAUCAGAUGCAGAUCAAGGUCAAACAAAGGGGAAAUUGGAUUUGAAUUGUGAUUUGAAUUGUCCAGGAGCAACUGGAGAUUGCAGUGCAACAUCUAACAAUGUUUCAGAAUGUGUGGUUGACAUACAUGUAACUUCUGAAGAGCCCUCAAUUCCAUGUACUGCUUUGCCAUCACAAACGUGCAAGAGUAAAAAGAGUCUGGAACCAGUAGGAAAAAAGAGGACUGGAGGAUACGAUAAUGGGAUGAAAGAACUUGUUGAAUUGAAAAAGAGAAGGUUGGAUGUUGAGGAAAGGAAGGCUCAGGCACUGGAGAGAAUUGUAACAAUAUUAGAGGGAUGGCAGAAUUUAGACUCUGGACUGUCAGUUCCUCCAGUUAUUGAAUUUUAGCUUAAAAUGAACUUCAUUUGAUUACACUCUGUAUAUUUUGUCUGAAUAGAUAAAUACUUCUCUGUAAAAAAUGCUUAAAAAUUUAAUAUAUGGUUACACUGUAUUUCUCUUCUAGGGUAACAGAUAG